AUGAGUGCCGCAAUAGCAGGAGCAGGAAGAUCAGGAGGAUGGCAACCAGUUCUGUAUGGGAAACGAAGACUUGAUCGGAGGGAGGGUAGUCGUAAGAGUGGUAAGGGAAUCUUCACUAUUUUCGUAGACAACAUUCCAUGGUCAAUGAAUCCUAAAGGGUUAUUCUCCUUAUUUUCAAAGUUUGGAAUUGUUAAGGAUGUUUACAUCCCAAGUAAGACUAGGAAAUCUACAAAAACGAGGUUCGGGUUUGUCCGAUUUGAUUGUCCAGUGGCAGUUGCGGUAGCCAUUCAGAAAACUAACCGGUUAUGGUGCGAAGACAAGGAACUCUAUGUGAAGAGGGUAGAGUUUGAGAAGGCAAGAGGCUUUGAGAAAUGA